AUGCCGACCGUUCAGAAUCCAGAUUUAUGGCCAGAAGUACAAACACAGACAGAGCUUAAGGUGGAACCAAGGAUUGAUGUAAAACCAGAACCAGAAGUUAAGGUAGAACUCAAACCAGAAAACAAGAUAGAACCAGAAGUUAAGGUGGAACCAGAACCAGAGGUUAAGGUGGAAUCAGUACCAGAAGUUAAGGUGGAACCGAAACCAGAAAACAAGAUAGAACCAAAGUAUAAGGUGGAACCAGAACCAGAAGUUAAGGUCGAACCAGAGGUUAAGGUGGAACCUGAACCAGAGGUUAAGGUGGAAUCAGAACCAGAAGUUAAGGUGGCAACAGAAACAGAGGCUAAGGUGGAAAUAGAACCAAAAGUUAAGGUGGAACCAAAGCCAGAAAACAAGAUCGAACCAGAGGUCAAGGGGGAACCAAAAGUUAAGGCGGAACCAGAAACAGAAGUUAAGGUAGAACCAGAGGUUAAGGUGGAACCAGAACCAGAGGCUAAGGUGGAACCAGAGGUCAACAUGGAGGCACACCAGGAUAUAGAGAUCAGCCCAGAAUUUCCAUCGGAGGAAAAGAAUCUUGUGACAGGGGGGGAAUCCACUGCGGAAGAAGAGCCAAUCAUGGAGCUAGAGCCCCUGGAGGAAUUGAGUGACGAUGAACUCUUCGCGCAGGAAGAGGCUUUAAAGACCGAAUUUCUAGGUCAGUCACAGGAGGAGACACUGAUGAACCUGGAACCAAGGUCUAGCGAGAAGGAGCCCAUGGACGGGACCGAGUCCAUCAUGGCUGAAGAUGUGAUCAUGGAACUGGAGCCUGAGGUGAAGGAGAUGACCUUUGCAGAUGACCCCACUGCGUCAGAUAUUCGUGUGAUGGAGGAUAGGCCGGAGCUGGAUGCCAUGGUAGAACAGAACAUAAUUGCGGAGGAGAACUACUUCCCAGGAGGAGAACCCUUCAUGGUGUCCGAAUUAGAGCAGGACUCUUACACAAUGGGGAAAAUGGACUCUAUCAAUGACAUUGCAGGAAUGGAAGGGGAGCCUUUCCUAGGUGGAGGUGCACAGCUCAUUGAGGAACCAAUCAGAAAGACGGGGACUGUGGUAGAAGAGCAGGAAAGACACAUGGCAGCUGAGAAGGAACUCAGUCCAAAGAAAGAAAACAAAGCCACAAGGUGGAACUAUUGCCCGGGUGUGAUCCUGGAGGGGAAGUGUUACCAGUUCUUCAGAGGACCAAAGAAGGCUCAAGACGCUGAGUUUUUCUGCCAGGGCAAUUUCCCAAAUGGUCACUUGGCCUCCAUCACUAGUCGGAACAUCCACAGACAGGUGAUGAACAUGAUGCUGCAGCAGAACGGAGCAUACACACGCACAUGGGUUGGAGGACUACGCUACCUACAGACCAGUCGCUUCAUCUGGCUGGACGGAGCUCACUGGAGUUAUGCCGACUGGCUGGCAGGCGAACCCAACAACACGGCCGGUGUGGAGGACUGUGUGGAGCUGCUGGCCGUCGGAAACGGAAAAUUCAACGACAUGCCAUGCUGGGACCUGCGAGCGUUCAUAUGUUCCUACUCUGGCUAGAAAGCAGAGUCGGUCAACAGAGACCUCAUUCUAAUUCAACAGCAAAUCUGUAUGGUGUUUUCUUCACUCUUUUCAUUUUAAGUUUGAUUUGUUUUCUUCUGAGGUUCAUUUAACUGCACAACGAUUUAGAAAUUCAGGUUUACUAAAAACUGGUGGACUUCACACUGUGGACUGAAUAUUAAUGAGGACUACGGUCUAGCUGUCCUACUUAUACCCACAUAAUGUCUUGCAACACAAGCCUGUUGACUAUCAGAACUGUUGUCCUUAGUGUCAAAUAGAAUAUGAGGGGUUUUUUUGGGUUUUCUUUUUCCUUUUUCACACAUACUUGUUCAGAGAUGUGGCUUUGGAUACAAUAAAACAACCGUUUUAUAUUUUGU